UUUACUCUAUAUCUAACCCCAUGCUGUACCUGUCCUGGGAGUGUUUGAUGGGGACAGUGUCUGAUGAGAGAGUGGCCUUUAAUCGACUAACAUUCCUCGUUUUAAUCUACAAAGGGGAGACAUUUUUGGAGAGCUGGGCACAGCAACGAGGGACCGAAUGGCCUAGGCCUUUGCAUGAUAUGUAACCCUAGAAUGGGGAAUGUCACAGGUUAUGGGCUCGGGGCAUCAGAGAAGUUACUGAAAAGAGAUUUAACCCCCAGUUGUCAGGCUGCUGGGUGAAGAGGGUUGGAUUCAUUUGGAAUGCAGCCGAGAGCUCAAUUUGGACGCUUGCCUCUUGUUCGAGAUGCACCUCCCCCCACCCCCUGCCUGAAUGAGUGGGAGCCGCUGAACUGCGAAUGGCAUCCACCCCUGCAGCCUGCUGCUCGAGUCUGGAUGUUCACCUUUGCUGCUCCUCUGAAGGGCACGGAGCUCACCGAAGCCUCACAUGCGAUUGGCCAUGAGUCCGCCCUCCUGCAGGUGCGCACGCCCACCUGUGACCUCCUUGCCCGGCCGGCCGGCUGUGUGCCACGUAGCGAGCGGACUCUCUCACCCCUCGUCCCUGCUGCUCCGGCCCUGCGAUGCCAGGGCUGAAGAUUCACCUCCUUUUCUGUGUCCUCCUGGCUCGGGGAGGGUCUCCCACUGAAGGCCCAGAGAAGCGAUGGCUGGUCGACAACAUGAAAAGUAUGAGGUACGUUUGCCCACGAGGCGGCUCUGUUUCAGUGAUCACGAGCCAGCUCAGCAACAAGACCAAGGAGAGGGUCUGGGACUUUGCUUGCAAGGCGUCCUUCCGAGGGUUUAUCAACUGCAGCUGGACGGACUACGUCAACAGCGUCGACGAAAGCAUCAACUUCUCCUGCCCCCCCGAGUCCCUGAUCUCCGGGGUGGAGAACCUGCGGGUCCCCCCGCACAAGGACCGCAGGUGGAAGUUCUACUGCUGUGAGAAGUGGUCCGUGUGCUACACCAAAUGCAAUUGGACCCAAUACAUCAACGAGUCCAACGAGUACUUCAGCUGGCAGGUCCCGGAAGGUUUCUACCUGGUGGGGGCCAUCCGUUACCAUGACAACGUGGUCAACAAACGCCGAUGGCAGUACCGAUACUGUGCGAUGUUCCCUGUAGCCCUUACAGACUACUGAUUGGCAAUCCGCUGUGACCCCAGUGUUCUCAAUAAAAAGAG